CGGGUGGUCAAACCAGGCCCCUUCAUGCUAUGAGCUUUCCUUUGGAAACUUCAAAUUCAACAAUGAGAAAUCGCUUUGUUUUAUUUCUGUCAUGUGGAAACUGCUGCAUGGACCAACACUCCCUACAUCUGCUAGCCAGCAUUCAGAUCUUUAAAUAGACAACUAUUUUGACGCAAAAGCACAACACAGGCCUCUGACGGCUUAAAGGCGUGCAGGCUAGAUAUAAUUCAAGGAUCAAAUGGCCUGACACCACUAAGGACACCAGUGAGUAAGUCUGAUCUGAAGCCUGAAACUCGGGUCAUUCAUAGAGUCUACACUGAGGCAGUCGUUCCACACAACUCGCCAGGAAAUAAUCCUUACGGAGGACAAAUUUAAAUUUUUUUGUGGUUACAAACCGCAGAUACCUUUUUGGUUCUUGUCUGAUUUUAUUGGACUGGAAGUUGCUUCAAAAGUUGUACAGAAAAAGCAAUGUCUUAUACAUCCAAACUUCCCGCGUCCUGGAAUGAUAAACCUCCUCCUCGGAAGGUGGAAAUCGACAUGAGCUCACCUGGUUUGGCGGUUUUUGAGCUGGAGAGACUUUUGUUUACUGGCAAAGCCAUCAUCAGCCAUGCGGAUGAAGUGUGGCCAAGGCUUUACAUUGGAGACCAAUACAGUGCGGAGAACCGGGCCGAUCUGUCCAUACAUCGAGUCACUCACAUCCUGAACGCAGCUCACAGCAAACGUGGAGGACAACCAGAAAUCUAUGGGGGCAUGAACAUCACCUACAUGGGCAUAGAGGCUCAUGACUCCUGUGGCUUUGACAUGAGCGUCAACUUCCAGGCAGCAGCAGACUUUAUUCACAGGGCUCUGAGCAAAGGAGGCAAAGUGUUGGUGCACUGUCAUGUUGGAGUCAGCCGUUCUGCCACUCUGGUCCUGGCUUACCUGAUGCUGAAGCAGAACCUGACCCUCGUUGAGGCUAUUUGUGCUGUGAAAGAUAACCGGGGUGUGAUCCCGAAUAGAGGGUUCCUCCGACAGCUCAUCCAACUGGACAGCCAGCUCUUUGGCACGCACUGAACUCUGCCUCAGUAUUAAACAGAUACAAUUUAGUGCUUGAUACUGAUACUGGAUCAUAUUUUAAUUACCAUUGGACAUUAGGAUAAAAAUAUAUAUUCUCUGGCUGUUUGUACGUGUUAAAUGAACUGAAGUUUUACAUUAAAGAUAUGCAUCUAAUGCAUCUUUUGGUGAAUGUUUUGAAGCCACAAAAGUGACACAUUUAACAAAAUCAGAUGAACAUCGCUGCAGUGUAGUUUCCAAUGAGGCAUGCAGCCCUGGGUAGAGGCUCCUACUCCAUGCUGCUGAUGUUGCCUGCCUGACAACAUGGCAACACACCGGAGAACAUAGUUUGUCCUGGUUGUGUCAACAAAUGGCAAAAAAGAAAUUAUCAACCCAGAAAUCUGACCUGUGACCAAUACUUUGUGUUUACACAAGUACAGCUGUUGCAUCACAUAUAAAACACUCUGAUGUUUGUCCUGUGAUUGAGUGUGUGGCAAAAGUUAAACA